AUGUCUCUGGCUGAGAAGGGGUCCUUGGUGACCUCGGCGGCACGCCUGGUUGCUCUGCUGGAGGAGCACAAGCUUACGUACCAGCAGAGGAUCCAGAGCCGGCACGUAGUGCGCCAUCCUCGCAACAGAGAUGGCUAUGGUUGCUCCGGCAACGAUGUGCAUUCCUUGUUGCACGGAAUCCUGGCGGUGGGGUGGAACGACGCGUGCGUGAAGCCGCUGUGCGUUGAGAGCUCUGGAGACGCCGAGGUCGAGCGUUACAACCUUAAGAUGGUGGAGGACGCGGGUGGGCUGCUGGCCCCGGUGGAGGUGGGAGGAUGGCGGUACGCGACGCUCAGCGCGUCGCACACGAAUCAGGUCCUGCGAUUGAUCAGCUACGGCUGGCAUCACGAGCACAUCGAGGACGGUGAGUGCCCCGACGUGACGGUCGGUGGCCGGAUCUUGGGUGAACAGUUGGGCAAGGUGGGCCCGCUGUUCUACAAGGCGGCGCAGGAAGGCAUCGUGUGGACCGUGAUCUUGAGCUUGGUCCUGACGCAGUAUCCCAUCCUCGCGAACAUCCUUCAAGAGGCCGGGAACACGUCCGGGCGCAACUGGCACGGCGGCUUCACUAUUUUCUGGGACAGCUUGGGCCGGGACUUGAAGGGCGGCGCCCCGGUCCUGCGACUUCGGCACGCUAUGCUCCGGCUUGCCCUCGUUGGGCCGGACCAGGUGAUCAACACAGGCGACGUGAAGAAGAUGAGCUCCGUUGCCUUCAAGGAGAAGGCGUUGCGCUGCGACGACCUGAUGAUCGACAUGCGGGCCUACUACGAGGCGAGGCUCGCGGACGAGGAGCAGAGCAAGCUUCAGAAGCUCCUCUUCGAGUUCGAGAUGGAGCUGGUGGCCAUUGCCUUUGACAAGAGGCACUGCAGCUGCUGGAAAAACGCAGCCAGUUUCGAACAGGCUGCGCAAGCCUUCGUGGACAGCGUGUUCCAGCACGUGAAUGUCCGCAUCACGGACAAGUGGGAGCGCCACCGGCCCAAGACAGAGGAGCCAGCUGCCUCUUCUGGCAGCCGCGAUGGCGUGGCGAACCUUUGA